UUAUAUCAAUAACAAUUAAAAUUCUAGGAUAUUAUUAAUAAAUUUCUUAAAAAUCAUGACAAUUUUCAUUCUGAUUAAUUUAUUACACUGAUUUAUUUUUACAUGACAUCCCUGUGAAUUUAUUUGUUUUAUGUUUAAAAUUAAGCAACUAAUCAUCCAUAAUUAUUGUGCUAAAGGUUUAUAGUACUAAAUUACGAAAAUAGUAUAUAGCGGGAGAUUUACAUUAUUAAGUAUUCUAUUUAAGAUUUUAAAAUGCUCAAUUGUGUAAUGGCAUAAUGCACUUCAUUUCUUUUCUUUGUUUAGCCAGUUACUUAAAAUGUUUAACACCAAUUGUUUUAUCAAGUAGUGUUAUAUCUUCCUUCAACUCAUUAAGAUUUAGUCGUAGUACCCAAAUGAAGGAUGUGAAAGUAAUACCUGAUGACGUUGAAAACUUUAAUCAAAUACAAUUGUCAAAUAAGUCUCAUAUAAUAUUAUUAGCCGAUAAUUCUUCAAUCAUAAACAAAAAUGUUGAACUUAAAGAACAUUAUGAAAUACAGAAUAUUACAGCAGAUGAAAUAACAAAAUUGAAUGAUACAUUUGCAAACAUAACAUCAAUGCCUGAAUUGUCUAAUUAUAUGACUACUCAAAUAGUUUUAAUAUCAGGUGCAUCUAUUGCAGGCUGUGUUGUCAUUUUAUCAUUUGUGAUUUUAGGAUACUUAACAUAUAAAAGAAGCAGAUGGAAUAGCCCACAAGCAUUAGAUCAUUGUAGUAACGCAGAUUCUAUAGGAUAUUUAGAUGAUAUGUUUAAGGAAAAUUCUGAUGAAAUGUACAGUUUGGACAAUGAUUCAUUUUUGAAUAGUUUGGAAGCCAUGACAAUUCAGAAUUAUUGGACUGAAAACAUUAAGCAUACAAAGCUAUGAUUUAUAAUGUAUAACAGUCACAGUUCAGUAGUUAUAUUAUUCAUUUCCAAAGCAAUAAUAAGUAUUAAUUGAAUUUAAAAAAAUUGAUAUCACCAAUAAAUUUUAUAAACUUGGAUAACAUAUGGCAAAAAAGUUAAUUUUUACCACUUAUACUUUACUUAUAGGAUGUGUAUUUUUGUCUUAAACAUUUAACUUAAUUUAAUUUAAUUUAACCCAAUUCAGUAUUGUUACUAGACUUAAGUUCCUAAUAAGUAAGUUGUGAUUUCUUCUUUCCCUUUUAAUGUAAAUUUAUGUACAAUUUAAACAUUUCUUUCUCUAUACAAUUAUGUUGUACUUU